AUGGCGAUGGUGGACAAAACGCGCAUUGAACAUCGCGAGGGCGGUAUUGCAUUUGAGCUAUUGGAGUACUGCGUGUCCCAUCCUCUUCUCACCAGUGUACCUGCUCUGCCUACUGUUCUUCCAGAAGCAUACAAUUCAAGAACAUAUGGCUUCAUGUCUUGGAGAAAUCUCUGCAGCCAAAAUCAUCCUGGAUCAACAACCAGUGGCCCCUUCCCAGCCAAGAUGAUGCUCCAACUGUCAAAUUCUUCAUCAACUAUGAGCAUCACAGAUGUGAAUUUGGAUUGUUGGGUCCAAAAUCAAGCUCUUUGCCAGCUGGAAAUGGUCCGAAUUUACAGAUUUGAUCCAGCUGGAAUAUUCCAGUUGGGAUUUUCAACUGGGCAGUCAGCGGAGCGUUCAGUAUUUUUCACCUCUCUUCAAUUUCAUGGAAAGGGGGGAAGGGAAUUCAAACCCACCAAACCACCAACGCAGAUAGGGGAUGAAAAUCCUGGACGCGGCACUGUUCACAGCCGAUUGUUGGUUGUUGUCUAUUCGGGGGAGUCUCCGGCUGGGAAAUCUCUGCAUGGGGAUAUCUCCUUCGGGAGAGUUACUAAUAUGGAAAAUCUCCAAUAG